AUGACAUCGAAUAGUUUGAAUAAUUGGUUAGUGAAAUCGAUAAUGGCACCUUCCACGUCUUUAGAUUCAUCAUCUGCUUUAUCAGAAUCAAUAACAUCUCAUUACACUAACACAAAAACUUCUUCAUCAGAAAGUCAUGUAACAAUCACAGAAACUACAACAACCACCACAACUUCUCGUGAUUUUUCUUCAUCGAUUGAAUCAACUCAAAAUAGUUUUAUCAAAUCCCUCUAUGAUUAUGACCGAAAAGCCUAA